UUGGUGUGGUGGCCAAUCCAAAGAAAGACUGUCCAGGAGUCAAGAAAAUGGCUUCUGGUAUUCUGGUGUUGGAGAUGAGGAAAAGUAUAAUAUGGUGAUGUUUAAUCACAGUUUAUAGUAUCGAAGGAUACAUUAACACUCUCUCAUCAUCCCUGCUAACAACAUUUUUCAUAUGUAACUUCAAAAAAAUGAAUUGUCAUCAAAUAUUAAGUGGUGCUUGUAAUGCAGGCGAUCGCUGCUUUGCUGUGGGAAGUGUUGAGGGUAUACCAUUUACGGCAUAUGCUGCUGGUUGCAACAUUGUUAUUUUGGCAAGUACUUUUGAACGUGUGCAAAUUGUACCAGGUGCUUGGCAUAACUAUGUCAGAAUCAGCUGUGUGGAUUGUUCUACAGACACAGGAAAAAUUGCUGCAGCAUAUGAGAAUCAAGUUUGCAUAUAUGAACCUACACCACUUAUCCACAACACUAGUGCACAUCAACUGGACUACAGAUGGGUGCAGACUGGCAGCUUGCAAACGGAAUCUCACAUCAGCUCACUCUCUUGGAACCUAGAAGGAACUCGUCUUCUCACUGGUGGGGAAAUUCUGCAACUUUGGCAUCAGCAUGUUGCUUUGAUGGAGGAUGAUUCUGAGACAGCUCAAGGUCCAGGUGUGACAUUUGAAAUAGGAGAGGAGACUCAACCACAGCAGCCCUCUGGUCAAGAGGAGGAAGAUCGAGGAUGGGAAUCUGUGUGGAGUUGCCGCACUGCAACUCCUGUCUUCCACAUGUCCUUCUCUCCAGAUGGCACUCUCUUUGCUACUGCAGGCAAAUCUGACCGUCUAGUUAAGAUAUGGUUUGAGAACAAGCAAUUGCUGUUUCCAUCCAAGAGUGUGGAUCAGUCGAUGUCAUAUGGUGGCCCAUCGACUGUGAAUGAAGUCAACUAUGGCUUCGUAUACAUUGCACACCCACGGGCUGUCACCAACUUGUCCUGGAGAAAAACAAGCAAAUAUAUGCCCAAAGGUUCCGUCUCCAACAUGUUGGUGACAUCUUGUCGUGAUAACAUCUGCCGAGUGUGGGUUGAGACAGUUCUUCCAGAUGAUGGCCUUGUCAACAUGAACCAGUUUGAUCCCCUUGCUACUCAGAACCCCAAGUUUCGCACUCACCGUCACAAACACCGCUUCAUGCAGCGGCUUAAACACAUGAAAACUUGUUUCCACAUCCGUCGAAACGCCAAACAUCAGCAGAACCAAGGUAAUAAUCUCCUUGGGACUGGCUCUCCCAUCCCUACUCUCCCUUCCACAUACAGUGUCCAUGAUUUCCACAGUUAUGGCUACCACGGAACAGGCGUUACUCCAGGCCUCCACUUCCAUCUGGCUGCAAGCAUCAAUGCAGAAACAGACAUUCCUCUUGUUCCAAGCCUAAUAACUGGGGAUCCAGAUCGAGAACCGAACUUCAUCCUGCAUUGGCUCAACAACAAGGAAAUGCAUUUUUCACUCCAAGCAGAAAAUAUAUUGCAGGAAUUAACCAGAAAAGUUGUAGAAAAGGAGGAAGGUGGUGACAUUAAUCGGGAAAAUAUGGAAAAUCAUGAUUCUGAACAUGAUGAUCAUUCACCACGAAAACGAACUGGCAAAAUUGGCAAGUCACAGUCCCAAGAAGAGAGCAGUGAUGAACAUCACAGUAGUUUUCCCUCAAGCAGUGCUCAUAGCCACCAGUCUCUUAGUGCCACAACAUCCAUCAACUCACUAGCAACAGAUUCUGGACCAACAAUGGCACAGGCUCCAGACUCACUUGACAUGAAAAUUGAAUGUUUGCUGCGAGACUGGCAUCAUAGCCCUGAUCUCCUGUUUUCAAUUCAUCCCAUAGAUGGCAGUUUCUUAAUUUGGGUUGUUGAAUGGCUGGAUGAAUAUCACCCAGGAUCAUUCCGUCAAGCUCAAGUAUCUUUCUCGACUCGCAUUCCCAGUGCAUUCCCUCUGGGGGAUGCAAUGACAAUGUCCACAAAUGUGUGUCUUUACAAUGCAUAUGGUUGUCACCUCAACUAUCGUGAUGUUUUGAAACCUCCAGCAUCGAACAAGGGUCCAGUAAAUGGACCUGUAAAUGAUUUAGAACCUUCCACUCCCUUGCCAAGUGUAAUAGAAGAGGAAUCAGAUUUGAAUUUGAAUGUCCCUGUCAUGGAGAUAACGCAGCAGACACCAAAUUUGAAAGUAUCAAGUCCCAAACAUGGAGGUUCUGCCAGCUCGGCAGGGGAUGAAUCAGGGAAUGGAGGCAGCUUGUCAGAUGUGGUGUCUGCUGAUCCCUCUCCAGCUAUCUCUAUGGUGUCAAAACAUUCCAAUGGAACUUUGAAUUUAUGGCAGCUGACAUUUGCAGACCAGACCAAGUUCUCACAGGUUCUGAGCAUAGGACACUCAUCUCGAGCGUCAGGACACCGCUUUCGGGUAAAUGACAUCACGUGUCAUCCAGUUCUGCCACUCCUCCUCACAACAUCUCAUCACAACAUAGCAGACUUCCCCUUAUCACCACCAGGCAACAUCGCAGUAGAUGAUUCUGUGAACCCCAUGGUAAAAAACAAGGAUAUUGCUGUACCUACAGGUUUCUGCAGUGAAUUAAUUCUAUGGCGAGUUGAUGCAGUUGGUCCACUCUCUAAAUCUGGAGGAGUGUCAGAGUUGGCCAGAAUAAAUUCUCUUGAAAUAUCAGCCUUUUCCAAUGUUGCAUGGAUACCAACAUUACUACCAAGCACUACAUUAGGCAACCUUUCAAAUUCCCCAAGUGCAUGCUUUGUUGCAUCAGAUGGCAAGAGCUUGCGUGUUUACCAGGCUGUGAUUGAUGCUCGUACUCUACUUGCCGAAGUGUCCAGCUCAGAGCGCAGGAGUAGAAUGAUGGAUUCAAUGGUGAGCUUGUCGACUGAUACCUCUUCUGAUGAUGGUAUGAAACAUUCAUCUCUGCAUGAUAAGAUAAAGAUAGUAUCACAGCAGUCCACUGCUAGGCCAGGCUGUGUUAUUCAGCUGGAUGCUAUUUCUGAUGCAACUCAUGAUUGGCAGAACACCCAGUUCCUACAUGUGUUUCAAGAGCAGCUAAUUACAGGAGAACGUGCAGAGGAGAAGGGUAGUGAUGUACGUGAUGUGGGCCAGGAGAGUGAUGUUAGUUUGAUGGAAACACAGCUAGGAGCAAUGGUUGAUCUCCAGCAGGCUUCAGUGUUUGAGGAACCAUUCUACAUUGUUGUGCUGGAAAGGACUAACAAGGGAACAGUUGUGCACAUGUGGAGGCUUGUGAUUGCCUCACAGCCAGAAUCCACAGAAAUGACAGGCAGUAUGAUGUAUGUGCCAGACAGUCAACUUGUGCAAGAUGAUGAUGAGCCUGAACCAACUGGACGAUCAGCUAGCACAGCAGAUGCUGACCACAUAGGCCAUGAUGAAAAUCCAACAGCUGUCCAGACAUCUCAUGUUGUGAUAACUACUACUAAGGUCUGUACCCAGGACCUUCCUCUGCCUGAUGGAGUGGAAGUGGUCCAUGCAUCUCCUGCUGCUGGACAUCUCAGCUCUGCUUCCAUCUAUCCAGCCUGCUUUGCUCCUUACAUCAUUGUAACAGCAUGUUCAGAUAGCACUGUUCGGUUUUGGAAGUGCAAGUAUAUGAAGUCAGGUGAAAAGAAGAAAACUUAUGAAUGGUGUGAAUGGGAGAUGAUUAGGAAAGAUCCCGAGUCCACCAUUGACAUUUCAGGUCAACCACUCAAUGUCAGUGCUGCAUACAGUGGACGGAUAGCCUGUGCAUACAAGUAUGGAAGAUCUUUCACAAGGCCUUCCAAGAAUGAUCCAGAUUCACGAUAUGUCAACUUGUGUGUUGCUAUCUAUGAAUGUGAAAGUACUGGAGGGUCAGAAUGGGUUCUGGAGGACACAAUUCACCUAAAAAACAUCCACUUACCUCGAAUUCAAGUAGAUCCACACCUGGACCUGAGCUAUUUGUAUGACAGUCGGUUCCUACAAAAGAAGCAGCGUCUCAGUCACAUUUUGCAAACAUUCUCAUCAGAAGAUGUUCGUAGUCCACUGAAGAAUGGAGAUCAGAAUGAUCACACCAACCUACAUAAGACAUCUGGUGGUUUGUUGGCAGUCCCUAGCUUUAGUACUCUGCAGUCACUUCGUAAAUCUAUCAUUGAAUGUGGUAACACUUGUCCAUUGACUCAGAAACACCUUGUUCAACUUGACUGGGUAUCCAAAGAAGAUGGUUCUCAUAUUCUUACUGUAGGAGUUGGCAGCAAGGUGAUGCUCUUCACACCUGUAUCAAGUGACCUAGCACAGGCCAAUAUGAAAGCCAUGAAGGAAUCCCAGUCUGCAAAUCGUCCUAUUCUCAGGAAAGCCUCUUCCUUAGCGGCCCCGCAGUUUGUUGAUGAAAUCAGAUGGAUGAAGCUACGUAAAAUAGACUUGAUUACAGCAGAUGGCCUUCCUCCACUGCCCAUGCAGAUCUCAUGGGUUCGUGAUGGAAUACUUGUUGUAGGGAUGGACAGUGAAAUGCAUGUAUACUCUCAGUGGAAGCCAAACUUUUCUGUUGGAUGUGACCGAAAUGGUAGACUGCAUCAUCAGGAAUCUGAUGAACUUCAAGACACUAGAAAUCUAAGAGAUGAAGACUUACGAAACUUAGCUCAGGAAACUUCACAACGCCGACUAGCAAAUGUCAGUUCUAUGCCACAUCUUUCACGUGUGAGCUCAAUCAAUCUCACCAUGUUGGAUAGUAAGAAGAAACGAGGUGCAAUAGUUCAAUCAGAACAGAUGAACAAUGUAGACUACAUGCCAGACUACGGAUUGUUCGAAGCAAGUCGCAUUGCUUGUCCUGUUUUACCCCAGUACCACCCUAAGCAGCUCAUGGAACUCCUUAAUUCAGGCAAGAUACGCUGGGUCAAGGCUAUCUUAGCCCAUCUAGUCAGAUGUAUUUCUGGCACUUGCAUUGUACGUCAAGGAGGGAGCACUGAUGAAGAAAAUCUGGUGAGGCAGAGAGGGUGGUCCCGUUCACGUACAUUGUCAGUCAGCUAUAUUGGAGCAGGUACGACAAGUCCAUUGGAACAGCGAGGCUCUACUACUGCAAUACCAGAGGAAUUGACACUUGACUACGCAGAAAUCACAUCUAUUCCUCCACUACCUCUGUGGACUUUGCUGGCAGCAGACAAGGAAACACCAACCAUGAGUUCUCAGAUGAGUGAAAAUCAGCAGGAUUACAGUGACUUGUUUGAUGGAAACUUGGCAAUGGCAGAUGAAUCCCUUGAUGAGUUACUAGAAGAUGAUCCUGAUUCACCAAGGAGGCAUGAUCGUCGCCCGUCUGUCAAUCAGGAGCGACAAGGGCUUUCUCAUUUUGGACCUAGACAAGGACGGCUACUGUCACGCUUACUUACUCACACACAUCUCCCUGGUUUGUCAAGUCUGGACCAGAUGCAUCUUCUUGCUUUGGCAGACACAGUGUCAACUUGCAACACUGACUUUGCUGAACGGUUUGCUAUUGAUGCUGCAAAAACUGCUAUUGCUAAAGAAAAUUUGUCAGGGAUGCCAGAAGGGGAAGACAUUUCUUCAGAUUCUUUGGAUGACUGUGGAUUGAGAUUUUUGUUGGCAAUGAAGCAUUAUAACUAUUUAUUACGAUGCUUGCCAAUUGCUCAGCGAGCUCAGUUCCAGCGCCAGGGUGUUGCCACCAAUAACCUGGUAUGGGCUUUCCAUUCUGAGAGUGAGGAGGAAUUGCUUGCUCUCAUUCCAUCAUAUGCUAAAGGCAGUCCUAAGUGGUCCAUUUUGAAGGAACUGGGUGUUGGAUGGUGGCUCCGAAACCACACACUGCUCAAAACGUGCAUAGAAAAGGUCGCAAAAGCUUCAUACAUGGUGAAACAGGAUCCUUUGGAUGCUGCUAUUUUCUAUCUUGCCAUGAAGAAGAAGAGUCUUGUUUGGGGACUGUUCCGUUCAAAGAGAGAUGACCGCAUGACUCACUUCUUCUCUAAUAACUUCUCAGAUAAUCGGUGGCGAAAGGCAGCUCUUAAAAAUGCAUUUGCACUGCUUGGGAAACAGCGAUUUGAACAUGCUGCUGCAUUUUUCCUUCUGGCUGGAGCUUUGCGAGAUGCAAUUGAGGUGUGCCUGAACAAGCUUGAAGACUUCCAGCUAGCAAUGGUGAUUGCACGCCUUUAUGAAGGAGAGCUUGACUCAACUCCUCCAAAUCUACGACGACUUUUAUAUGAAGAAAUCUUGGGCUGUGAUAGUGAAGGUGGGAAUCAGUCUUUGGCCGAGGCCCACCCUGAUCCUUUCUUGCGAUCCAUGGCUCUCUGGAUUCUGAAAGAUUACACAGGAAGCCUCAAUACCUUGUUGCAAACCAACACUGGCUCCAUGCAUCCACAGUACUCUGACAGUGAUGAUAAGUUUGAGGGUUCAUCAGCUAACCCAAAUGUGUUCAACUUCUAUGUAUACCUGCGCACACACCCACUGCUGAUUCGUCAGUAUAUUGCUUCUACUGCUCAGGAUAAGAAGACUGCUCAUGCUGUUGUUCUGUCUGGCUUCAGUUAUGGUUCUGAUGCCAAACCAAGCAAUCCAGACAAACAAUUACUAUUGGAGGACUCCAUCACACCUCUUGAGCGCCAGUUGUACUUCACAACAGCUCAUGCCCACUUCAAAGCUGGAUGUCCUGCACUUGCAUUGGAAGUACUGUCAAAGCUGCCCAGCAAAGUGAUUGAUGCGAAUGGGAAUGACUCACCAAGUUUGCUGAAUAGUCCUAGUAAGGUGAGAAUUGAGGACUCACAAAUCAACACUGGAAUUCUGAGUUGGGGUGAUACUACAGAUUCACAAAGAAAUAUAGGCACUUCUUCUAGCUUGGAAAUGUCUAAUCACGUGUCCUCGUUACCUGACUGGUCUCAACCGGUUACUCUAGCUGAAGAGUCACUACAACUGAAGUGGGAUGAUGAUGAUGAUGAUGAUGAUGAUAACAGUGAUGAUGAUCAGAGCCAGAGACCACUAGAGAUGAAGAUUGACCCAACGAAAUCAGCAGAGAAAACCAAUGAUGUAAAAGAUGCAGUGGAAAAUGGAGGCCAACUAGACAUUAUGGCCCAACAGCUGAAGUUUGUAGCAUGCCUCAAGAUUCUGAUGGAAGAACUUUCAACACUAGCAACAGGGUUUGAGGUGGAUGGAGGCCAGUUACGUUACCAUCUAUAUGUGUGGCUUGAGGCACUGAGGCAGCUGUGCAAUUACAGCUUUGGGGAUAUAGAGUCAUCCAAUGCUGAUGAAGGCAUAUUGGAUACAACACAAGACUUGCGUGACCACAAUGCAACACCUACCAUGAUGAUGCGGCCAGGAGAGAAACCAACACUUCAUGAGAUACUUAUGGCUGAGAAGAUGGACUUUGAGGCUAAGGUCCAACGAGCAGCAAAACGAAAGAAAUGGCUGAAAGCAAACGAGACUUUACUGCGAACUCUACUGAGCUACUGUAGCUUGCAUGGAGCCAGUGGUGGUGGGCUGGCAUCAGUGCGCAUGGAGCUUGUGCUUCUUCUUCAAGAGCUGCAGCAGGAGAAGACACAGCAGCAGCUGUUGUCGCCACUUCCUUUUCCGACAACUCUACCUCUGUUAUCUGCCAGUGUAGCAUGUAACAAGACUGUUGUAGCUGACCCUGUACGACAUCUGCAGGCACAAGCACAAGAUUUGCUUCAGACUAUAGUGGAAUUACGGUCUCCUCCAAUGCCUUCACGGACACACUUUAGUGAAGUGGUGGUUCUGCGUGAUCUUGCAGUAGCUAUGUCAGCGUGCAUCUACCAGUCCCUCUGUGACUCUGACACUUUCAGUGUGAAACAACAGACUGACAACUUCCAGAGUUAUGGUCUGGAGUCCCUAGCACACCUGAAUGUUGUCUGUCCAAGCAGUCACUUGAUAGCAGGUCAUACACGGCGGCGCCGGUAUAGUAGUGAUGAACCACUACAGGUUACCACUCAUCCUUGCAAAUGGCCUGGAGUAACAAACCUCAGAGCCUUAUUAGCACGAGAAAAGGAUGAGGACACGCCACGUCUCAGUGUGCUGCUGUGUGAGGCAUUUGUUGCAUCAUACAUGAGCCUCAUUGUAUAUGCCCUUGCAACGUGCGAUUCCCUCAUCCUGUACCGACUUGCAGGACAGAAGUUCACUAAUCAGACUUGGGCAGUGCUGUUUGGUGGUGGAGUCAAGAAACUUCUCAAAGUUGCUACAAGUAGUAAUUCUACCACACAGUCACAAGGAAGCUUGGAAAGGGAGCCAAGUGGCAGUAGUGAAGGAGGGGUUUGGACCACCAUGACUAGUCUUACAAAACAACGAGUACGUCUGAAUAUGAAACUUCUUGGGCAAUUCACUAGCCAGCCAGGGACACCUCUUAUGAAGGAAGAUAAACCUACAUAUAGGGAACAGUUUGUCUCACCUGAAAUGUCUAUGGUUUCAUACUUUCUCCUUAAGCCACAGUUACCAACAGAAGCAGAAUAUGUGGACUAUGAUUCUGCUGACUCAGCUGUCAGUGAUUUGGAUGAUGAAGAGGAGGAAGAAGAUGUGUUUGAUGGAACAACCACAAAUCCUAAAGGUCCAGACAAGGAGAACACAGAACACUCAAACCCUAGCAGCUACUCAUGGUGCGUAAUGAGGCUUGCCAUUAUGAAACUGGUGCAGCACCAGCUGCAAGAUUUUCUCAAUGUGGCAGGCAUUGAGAUACAGGAGUUACCUGUAUGCAGCCCGCUGAUUCACAGCACUCUGCGUGUUGUAACCCAAUGGCAGGACAUGCUGAAAGACGAGUUGGAUUUACGUAGGCCUCCCCCUGCCGACUACAUUCCUGGCUGCUUUGUGGAGACAACUGCUGCAGGGCCAGCCAUACACAAGUAUCGCUCCCUUCUGGAGAAGUGCAACACCCCCUUUCAUCCAAGACAUGCAUCAGCAGCUCCGGUUCGUCGGUUAUGGAGCUUUCUUGUGAGGCAAGAGCAGGUGCAGGACAUCUUUAUCAGAUCAGUUUUUGGGAAGCGGAGGUCUGUUAUGGCUACAAUGGAUACACCUUCUGCAACAGAUGGUGGUAUGAAAAUGACUGAAGACAAAGGGUCAGACUCUGGAACCUCAUUGCCUGAACCUGUUAGGAUCAUCCACAAGGAACAAGAUUCCAUUUCUGCAUUCUGCCUCAACCAGGUGAAUGCAGGACUAUUGGCUCUAGCUACACCACGAGAAGUGCAGGAGAUGGACAUUUCAUUAUUGUUGGAGCAUCCAUCAUGGCUGGAGGAUGAGUGUGAAUUUGACAUCGUAAAUCUUACACGGGAACCUGAGACACUACCAGCCUCUAGUUUCCUGGUAAUUCAGACAGCAGCUGACCGACCCAUGCUGGCUCAGUCUUCCUCUGCUGUACAAAACUAUGCAAGCAACCCAUCCAGUCCUCAGCCUGGACUGGGUGGUCAGACAGGCAGAGGAGCAUCAGUGAUGAAAGGCCUCAACUUUCCUGGGUCACAUGACCCACAGUUCUGUCAGUUGGUCAUUGACCGUAGCCGCCACUUAUUAAAACCGAUGCUGAAGCACCGAGUGGAUGGAGUUCGCAGAAUAAGCUCACAUCCCCUUCUUCCAUUAUAUCUAACAGGUUCUCAGGAUGGUUCAGUGCUCAUGUGGGAGUGGGGCCACUCUCAGGCAGUUUCUGUUCCCCGACCACCUGGGACAUUUGCUAAAGUGACAAGAGUGCGGUUCAGUGAACAUGGCAACAAGUUUGGUGUUGCUGAUGGUGAUGGGAAUCUCAGUCUUUGGCAAGUUGGCUUAGCAAGCAGUGCCAGUCGUCCCUUUUUUACAUACCAAUGUCACAACAAGGUAACCAGUGACUUCAUAUUCCUAGGAUCUUGCAGUAUGAUUGCCACAGCUGGCCAUAGUUCAGAGAAUAAGAAUGUUGCAUUGUGGGAUUCACUUUUGCCUCAGAAAAAAGCUCUAAUUACUGCCUUUUCAUUCCAUGACCAAGGAGCAUCAAGUCUGGUUUAUGCACCACAGCAUCAGCUGGUAAUUUCUGCUGGCAAGAAGGGUGAUGUGUGUGUUAUAGAUGUACGUCAACGUCAGCUGCGCCAUCGAUUCCAGGCACAUGAAUCUCCCAUUAAGUGCCUAGCCAUUGAUCCUGGUGAGGAAUUCUUUGUAACAGGCUCAGCUGAUGGAGAUAUCAAGGUGUGGGGUCUUUCUGUACACACAGCUCUAUAUUCAUUUGCUGGGGAGCAUGCCCGUUCAAGUUUCUUCAAGAACAUUGGGCAGGGUGUGACACAACUUCAUGUUGACUCUGCUUCAAGGUUAUUUUCAUGUGGUGCUGAUGGAUCCAUGAAAGUGCGACAGCUGCCGGAAAGAGAUUUAGUGGUGCAGACUUUGUACUAGGUGGAUAUACUCACAUUGCAGUACUAGUGGUGGUACAAGCAUUCAGACUUCCAUUUUUAAUGAUAACCAGUCAUUGUGAGAAUUAAUUAAGAUUUCCUAGCAAGCAUUAAUCUGGUUAAUAAAUUGUCUGUAUGAGUUUUUCAGAACAGUGCGUUGAAUUAUUUUCAAAAUGUGGCUUGUAGGAGGAAUGAAUCAGUAUGGCAGUUUACAAUUUUUUCAAUUUUGAUUUAUGGGAUUUUUUAAAGACUUUCUCAUGUUAUAUGCCUAUGCCUUAAUGGUGAGUUUGAAACACCCUUCAUGUAUAUGGUUCAUGGCUUUUGGUGUCAUGGUGUCAUUGCAUAAGGUGAAUUAAAUUAUUCUUCAGAGAAAUUCUAUACAAAACCACAGCAUUUUUACUGUGAACUCAGAUGAACUUUCAUAUCUUUUUGUUCCAUGUAGUUGAUUUUAGUCUGCUUGUACUUACAGGAUGAUGAAAGUGUGACUUGUUUAAUAAUCAUCAAACACCAAAAGUUUUCCAAUCUAUUUAACCCAUUUGAUUAACAUUACAAGCAAUCAUUCAAUCAAAAUGCAAAGAAAAUUUUGUUGGAUUAUAAUAAUAUGCAAGGUCUUAUUUUGAAAAAAUAUAAUAAUAAUGUGUUACUAGAAUUUGUUAUUAAUCCCAUUAUAAUACUUGUUUAUUUAAGAUAAAGAGCAUAUAUAAUUAUAAUAUUGAGAUAUGAUAUCUCAUAUAAAGAUUAGAUGUCUUGCAGAGGAGUCCUGUGAUUACUAUGUUAGAAAGGGCCUAGUCAACUUAUAAUACAUUUAUAGUUGAAUCUUUGUCAUGUACGCAUGAGAAUGUUAUGGACUUUAAAGUCUAGCAGACAUAAAAGAUUGAAUUAUAUUUUAUGUCUGACCAGUAAGUAUGUUGGUGGCAUUGAAAGUACAGCUGAAAUGCCAUUUUGAAUGGAAAACAUGUCAUAAUUGGCUUGUGAUUGAAGCAGAAGUGUCAGUCACUUGUUGGUGAUUACCAAACAGUGAUAAUAACUGAAUUUAGAAUCCCUCAGAUUGAACUUACAAUCAUUUGAGAGGUACAUAUAAUUGUGUAACCUUUCAUCAGUGUGCUGUGAAUAUUCAUGUAACUUUGUAGUGAUCUUGAAGGUUCGGUGAGGUCUAGUCUUCUCAUCUCCAGCAAACUCUAUAUUAUGUUGUUGAUCAUCUCUUAGCACGUUAUAUUGGCAUAAAUGUGUGCAUAUUUACCUGUGUAUUAUAAUAAGGGAGGCUAUAUGCAUUUGGAAUUAGCAGUUGCAUUGAACUGAUGUUGUUUUGGCCUUCCGCAGAUCUCGGCCUUAAAAGAGGGAUUUGGCUUAGCUUAUUAAUUACAAUAAUGAGCAUAGGGCUGAAACAUUCCAAUGUAUUUGUGUGAGAAUUAUGUGGUAGUGGUGCCAAAGUCAUAUUUAAUUAUUGUUAUAAGAUGUUUUAUUGAUUUUCUUGUGAUCCAGUUUCCAAUAGACAUUUUCCACUGAACAUUGUUUCUGUGAGAUAUUCUAACAACCCUCAUCAUCACAGAGUUGUGAUUAAUAAUUUAUUACCAGCAGUUGUUGUUGCAUUAGCAAAGUUUUUUAUUUAAGUAUUUUACAGUAUUUUAAAUAUAACAAUUCACACUUGAUGUAAAUUAUCAGUAUAUAGUGUAAAUUUGUACAUAAUUAGAAUAAUUAUGACAUUACAUUCACAGGCAAGUGAACAAGAAGAAGGCAAAUGUUCAACAUAUCCAUUCAUUUUAUAACGUUUGUCAUUGAUUUUAGUUCGUGAAAUUUAAAAACUUGUGUGGAAGGGAUGAGCAACUACAUGCAUUUUAUUAGUAGCUAUUAUUACUGGAUCUUUGGCAACAGUAUCACAUGGAAACUGAGUAUUAGGGAACUUUGAUAAUUUAUAAAAAUAUUUGGAUUUGUUUUACAUUAAAAAUUAUUGGACUCUGUUUCUUUUGCAGUAAUUGCAUUUUUAUACAUUAUCAAUGUUAUACAGACAUGGGGAAGAUAGUGAGGUGCUUUAAUCACAUCAAGUUUGAAUAUGAAAUAUAAUGAAAAAAUUGUUAUACCAUUUAUAUUAUGGUACACUUCCUAUAAUUUGUUGUUAUUUGUGGUAUAUAUUUGUAUGACACAGGCAGAUGUUAGAUUUUGCAGUCUGGAGUGGGUAUGUAAUGUUAAUCUCCAUAUAUAAUAACUCUUCCUGAUUUCUGUAGUCAUUUUGGUCAUAUGUGGUAUCAAAUCUUACAAAACAUUUUAAAAUGCUCUAGAGAUACACCACUGCUGAUGAUUACAAUAUUCUUGCACAUAUAAAUUGGACUGUGUUCUCUACAUAAAACAAAUUGAUGCCACAUAUGUAGUCAUACUAUAUUAUUGUUGUUGAAAAUUUGUAAAUAUUAUCAUAUAAUAAUCACACAUAUAUACUCCUACAACUUUAUGAGGACAAUACAGUGUUUGAGAAAUAUAAUUACAUGAAAUUUCUGUUACUCAGUUAUUAACUACUGUUUUAUGUAUCUUUCCAAAUGUAAUUUUCUCCUUCUUAGUGGUUCAUUGAGCUCAAUUUUCUGGUGGUUUUUUGGUUUAUUGGCAGAAUACUAAUUUAUCUGUAGCAUACAUGUUAUUGUUGAUGUUAUGUAGGUGAUUGCAGUAUUCGGUGAAAGUAUAAAAGUUGUGCCUGAUGACACUGAAGCUGUUGCUGCUGCCUUCAUUGUCCCCCCUCAAGAAUGAAGUAAGGUACACAAUGUGCUUGUUGGUUUGCUUUUUUUUUUUUUUCUGUUUGUUUCUAAUAAGAGUUGUCCAUUCAGGUGAAGACCAUGUGUUCAACAAGGGCACCUAACCUAUUUGUAGUUGAGAACCAUAGUUCUGGCCGAGAGGCCAUUAAUGCAGUGGGAAUGGGACAUAUUCAUGUUUCUAGUUUAAUGAUACAGGCAACUCUCGGUUUACAAACGAGUUCCGUUCCAAGACGUUGUUCGUUAUGUGUAUCUUGCAUUCCUGAGCUUUUACAAUUCGUAUCAUAUACGUUAGCAGCCAUUUUAAAGAAUUAAAACCAUGUACUAAACAUCGAAUGGUCUAUACAAUACGUCUUAUUAUAAUGUAUGCAUUAUGGUUUAUCGUAUACGAUACGUAACGUACGCCACGCAGAGUGGCAUGUAGACCAACUUUUCUUCCUGGCUAGAUUAGUUUUAUUAACCAAGAACAGUUCAGUAUAAUUAUCAUAUAAUAAUUUUCUGACAAUUAUUGUAAUAAAUACAUUUUUUACAAGUUUAUUUAUUUAAAUCUUACAAUCAUGUUCACUAUACAUUUGGCAUUUCAUUUUAUAAGGAACUCUAUCUAUUGACAACUUUAAGAAAUUUUGAAUGAAUUGUGACAUUCGUUGUAGUGAGUGUUCAUAAACCGAGAGUUGGCUGUAUUUUGAUUUAAUGUACAUAGUUUGUUCUCAAGUUUCUGUAUCUUUUCCUCUAGUUGUUAAUAUUUGAAAUAUUUCACACAAUAACUGAAAUCAAUCUUCCAUGUUCCUAAUGUAGUUCAGCCUCUCCCUUCAAAUUGGUAGCUCUUGUCUCCACUUCCCCCUUUCACUGUCUAUGUGAAGAUUGUUUUAUAAUUAUAUAUAUGAACACUGGAUAUAAGUAUAUACACAACACACCAAGAAUGUAUGAUGCUACAGAAAUUAAAUAAAGACCCACUAUGUUAUA